AUGGCUCAAAUGGCCACCAGCAGUACCGACGCCGUCGACGCGGUGCUGGAAAAACUCCUUAGCGUCCGCGGCGAGCGCCCGGGAAAACAGGUGGCGCUCGAGGACAACGAGAUCCGUAUGUUAUGCAUUAGGGCGAGGGAGGUCUUCAUGGCGCAGCCCAUCCUGCUCGAGCUCGAGGCGCCCAUCAAGAUUUGUGGCGAUCUGUGUGGAAAUCAACCAAGGGUGGGUGCACCCGACAAUUCUUCACUAAGUCACCUCGCGGCGAUGGCGCGGCUGUCCUGGCUCGGUCGAGCGGCGAGGAACCGGCAUCGCCACGCCAUCGAGCAGGCGUCGCGUCGAUGGCGUGGAGGACGACGCGGCGAUUCAGCACGAACGCGCCGUAAAAUUUUGAUUUCCACACAGGUGGCGAUGUCCACGGCCAAUACCAUGAUCUAUUGAGAUUAUUCGAGUACGGAGGCUUCCCGCCCGAAGCAAACUACCUCUUCCUGGGCGACUACGUAGACAGAGGCAAACAAUCCCUCGAGACGAUCUGCUUGCUACUAGCUGUGUGGAAAUCAAAAUUUUACGGCGCGUUCGUGCUGAAUCAUCGCGUCGUCCUCAACGCCAUCGACGCGGCGCCUGCUCGAUGGCGUGGCGAUGCCGGUUCCUCACCGCUCGACCGAGCCAGGAUGGCAGCGUCAUCGCCGAGAAAUGACUUAGUGAAGGAUUGUCGGGUGCACCCAACACACUGGUUGAUUUCCACACAGACUACUCGCCUUUAAAAUCAAGUACCCCGAAAACUUUUUCAUCCUGCGGGGCAACCACGAGUGCGCCUCGAUCAACAGAAUUUACGGCUUCUACGACGAAUGUAAAAGAAGGUACAACAUCAAGAUGUGGAAGACCUUCACGGACUGCUUCAACUGCCUGCCGGUGGCGGCCAUCGUCGACGAGAAGAUCUUCUGCUGCCACGGCGGCUUGAGUCCGGAAUUGCAGCAGCUCGACCAGAUCAAAAAGAUCGUGCGGCCGACGGACGUGCCGGACACGGGCCUGCUGUGCGAUCUGCUCUGGAGCGACCCGGACAAGGACAUGGUCGGCUGGGGCGAGAACGACCGCGGCGUCUCGUUCACGUUCGGCGAGGACAUCGUCCGCGCGCCCGCCGCAAGAUGGACUUGGACCUGGUCUGCCGGGCGCACCAGGUCGUCGAGGACGGCUACGAGUUCUUCGCGCGAAGGCAGCUCGUCACGAUCUUCUCGGCGCCGAACUACUGCGGCGAGUUCGACAACGCGGGCGGCAUGAUGGCCGUCGACGAGACGCUCAUGUGCUCCUUCCAGAUCCUAAAGCCGGCAGAAAAAGCGAAGCGCCAGGCGCUCGCGGGCGUCGCGCAGCGGCCGGCGACGCCGCCGGCACGCAAGGGGCCC